AUGGGUAGCUGCAAGCUCGUAACCCGUCCUUUUUCCAGUUUCGCCGGAAAACUAGUCGCCUCACUCCUCCCACCGGCCGCACGACCUCCCCCCUCCUUCUUUCCCUUCGCUGAAACACCGAUCUUCUCAGCUGAAUCAAUCGAUACUCUCUGUCACCAACAUCGCUUCCACGAAGCCUUCGACCACUGCCUCCACCUGCGUUCCAUCAAAGCUGCUCGCCGCCUCCACUGGAACCUCCGUUCAACUCUCCUUCAUCCCUCCACCGCUCUCUGUAAUCGUCUUCUUCAUCUUUAUUGUAAAUGCGGAAACCUUGUCGACGCCCGCAAACUGUUCGACGAUAUGCCCCACAGAGAUACCUGCUCAUUCAACACCAUUAUGGCCGGCUACUCCAUUGCAGGUCAUCUCGCUGAGGCCCGCCGCAUCUUUGAUGAGAUUUCUGAACGGGAUCACUUCUCAUGGAGCAGUAUAAUUGUUUGCUAUACUCGUCACGGCUUGCCAUCUGAGUCGCUGGAUCUGUACAGGCGCAUGCUUCAUGAAAACACUGCUGGUAAUUUUAAGAACAGCAACAGAUUCACUGCUUCGAGUGCUCUUGCUGCUUCUACGGCGGUUUGUAGUCUUCGGCAUGGGAGGGAGAUUCACUGCCAUAUAGUGAGGGCUGGGCUGGAAUCUGAUGCCGUGGUCUGGAGCGCGCUCUCAGAUAUGUAUGCCAAGUGCGGGGACAUCAACAAUGCACAAAAGGUGUUUGAUUUGAGUUCUGACCGAGAUGUUGUUUCUUGGACAGCAAUGAUUGGGAGGUAUUUUGAUGGUGGAAGGACAAAGUUGGGGCUGGAGCUCUUUUCUCAUAUGCUCAGCAUUGGUGUUCGACCGAAUGACUUCACCUUUGCUGGAGUUUUGGAUGCUUGUUCAGAGCUGGCUGCUGAAGAGCUAGGUAGGCAAGUACAUGGCCACAUGAUCAGAGUGGGAUUCAAUCAGUUAUCUUUUGCUGCAAGUUCUCUUUUACACAUGUACUCCAAAUGUGGAAACAUUGAGAAGGCUAAGGUUUUAUUUGAAAGAAUGCCAAACCCUGAUUUAGUCUCAUGGACUUCGAUAAUCUCUGGAUUUGCUCAGAAUGGCUAACCCAGAAAGGCUCU